AUGUUCAUUUCCCCCCUCAUUUUUGCAUGCUCCUCCGGCUCUCUAAAACUCGCAAAGCCCGCGCUCGACUGCACCUACAAACAUAUUUCUCAUUCCUACUUGCACGACGAGGCAGACCCCUCCUCCUCACCCAACGCGCAGCUCCUCGCCCGACUCAUUGACGAGGCCUGCUCCUGCCAGUCGCACGCUGAUGGAACGCUCGAGCUACUCAUCAUCAAGACCCUUCUCUCUGUCGUCACCUCCACCUCCCUCCACAUCCAUGACGACUCACUUCUCCGUCUAGCUUCCGAAUUUAGCUUUAAGGUCCAACUUCUAUUGGAGAAGCAUUGGAGAAGCAUUAGCCCACCCUCCCCCGCAACAUUAAUAAAAGAAAAUCUCCAACUUCUAUUGGAGAAGCAUUGGAGAAGCAUUAGCCCACCCUCCCCCGCAACAUUAAUAAAAGAAAAUCUCCAACUUCUAUUGGAGAAGCAUUGGAGAAGCAUUAGCCCACCCUCCCCCGCAACAUUAAUAAAAGAAAAUCUCCAACUUCUAUUGGAGAAGCAUUGGAGAAGCAUUAGCCCACCCUCCCCCGCAACAUUAAUAAAAGAAAAUCUCCAACUUCUAUUGGAGAAGCAUUGGAGAAGCAUUAGCCCACCCUCCCCCGCAACAUUAAUAAAAGAAAAUCUCCAACUUCUAUUGGAGAAGCAUUGGAGAAGCAUUAGCCCACCCUCCCCCGCAACAUUAAUAAAAGAAAAUCUCCAACUUCUAUUGGAGAAGCAUUGGAGAAGCAUUAGCCCACCCUCCCCCGCAACAUUAAUAAAAGAAAAUCUCCAACUUCUAUUGGAGAAGCAUUGGAGAAGCAUUAGCCCACCCUCCCCCGCAACAUUAAUAAAAGAAAAUCUCCAACUUCUAUUGGAGAAGCAUUGGAGAAGCAUUAGCCCACCCUCCCCCGCAACAUUAAUAAAAGAAAAUCUCCAACUUCUAUUGGAGAAGCAUUGGAGAAGCAUUAGCCCACCCUCCCCCGCAACAUUAAUAAAAGAAAAUCUCCAACUUCUAUUGGAGAAGCAUUGGAGAAGCAUUAGCCCACCCUCCCCCGCAACAUUAAUAAAAGAAAAUCUCCAACUUCUAUUGGAGAAGCAUUGGAGAAGCAUUAGCCCACCCUCCCCCGCAACAUUAAUAAAAGAAAAUCUCCAACUUCUAUUGGAGAAGCAUUGGAGAAGCAUUAGCCCACCCUCCCCCGCAACAUUAAUAAAAGAAAAUCUCCAACUUCUAUUGGAGAAGCAUUGGAGAAGCAUUAGCCCACCCUCCCCCGCAACAUUAAUAAAAGAAAAUCUCCAACUUCUAUUGGAGAAGCAUUAGAUCCUGAAAGAAGAUGCAUCUGCCGAUCCAAGAC